AAGUAGAAUCACCUAAUGUUUUUUUUUAGGGAGGACAGCAAGAAUGAGGGACAGGAAACAGAGAGACGGGGCGUUUCAGGGACUCCGCUUCCACCACGCGUUCAGCAGCCUGCCACACCUCGUCGGGACCUCCUCGCCAAGGAGGAAGAAUAUAAGCGUUUAAAUGCAGAAUUAGAGGCAAAAACGGCUGAUCUGGUUCGACAAGCUGAGGAAGUAAUAAGAGAUCAGCAAGAAGUACGAUCUCAGUCUAUUUCAACACAAAUUAAAUCAUAUGAAGAGGAAGAUGAUUACAGUUUAAGACAUCCAUUAUUGUCUGAAGGGACAGUUGAUUUACGUUCAGAAACUAAGCCAAAGACCAACAACGUUGAUCCAAUAAACAAAGUUCAAAACAAAUUACACUCUGCAAGUAAAGGAAGGAAAUCAAAUUCAAGAGUAAAAUUGAAAUACUCUGAUGUACAAACUGCCAGCGAUGUUGCCAUUCCAGAGGAUUUCUCAGACUUUUCUCUUGCAAAAACAAUUAGCAAAAUUGAAGGGCAACUGGAAGAAGAAGGCUUACCUAAUUAUAUAGAUGAUGGUAUUUUUUGUGGUGUUAGUGAAGACAUUGGAACAGAAGCACAGAUCAGAUUUCUGAAGGCCAAACUCCAUGUUAUGCAGGAGGAAUUGGAUAAUGUUGUAUGUGAAUGCAAUAAAAAGGAGGAUGAAAUUCAGGAUUUAAAGUCUCAACUGAAAAAUUCUGAAGGAGAUUGUAUGAGACAGCAGCGGACAAUUAAUUUGCAACAGUCUCAAACAGAAAAGUAUAAAACUCUUUUUGAAGAAGCAAGCAAGAAAUGUGAUGGAUUACAGCAACAGUUGUCUUCAGUAGAAAGGGAGGUGAAUCAAAAAAGAUCUUGCUAUGAUUUAUGUCAAAGAGUGUUCUUCCUAUGUUUUCCUCUAAGAGUUUUAUGGUAUCCAGUCUUACAUUUAGAUCUUUAAUCCAUUUUGAGUUUAUUUUUGUGUAUGUUGUUAGAGAAUGUUCUAAUUUCAUUCUUUUACAUGUAGCUGUCCAGUUUUCCCAGCACCACUUAUUGAAGAGACUGUCUUUUGUCCAUUGUAUAUUCUUGCCUCCUUUGUUAUAGUUUAGGAGACCAUAGAUGCGUGGGUUUAUCUCUGGACUUUCUAUCACAACUCCAACAAAGAGAGCCCCUGCUUCCCCACAGCUCCAACAGGAGUCUUGAGGUUGAUUCCCAUUAGUUUGUCCCCAAACCAAUUACUUUAGCUUUGCAGACUCAGCACUGGACAAGCUUUGGUCGGGUGUUGAGCUCUGGACAUGGGAACAGAGGUGGGUGGGAAAUGAAGUCCAUCCCUCCUAGUCACAUGGACUGAGAGUGGCUAAGGGUUGGGUCCCGAAAGAAGAAAAGAGGAUCUAUUAUCUAGAAAAACAACCUUUCCUGAACCUACCAUUCUUAGGAAGAAACUAGAACUUGGUCUCUUGGUACAACUCAGACCAGGUAAAUGCAGGUGAAAGUAUCCAACCCAGAGCGAUCCAUUCACCCAUAAUUGGAGACAUCAGUCUGCAGGCUCACUCGCUUAUCUCCAUCAUGCCAUGGAUAAAUGAUACUUUUGUGCACUGACCUUGAUCUGUUGGACAAGUUCCCCCAACCUGUUGCACAACCCCAGGGUACUGCUUAGACUAGCCCUCUCCAUGGGGUGUUCCCAGGAACGCAAAAAUGGUCCUUUGAUCUAUAUUCCUGUUUUUGUGCUAGUACCAUACUGUUUUGAUUAGUGUGGCUUUGUAAUAUAGUCUCAAGUGAGGGAGCCUGUUUCCUACAGCCCUGUUUUCCUUUUUCAACAUUGCUUUGGCGUUCGGUGUCUUUUGUGUUUCCAUACAAAUUGUAAAAUUAUUUGUUCUAAUUCUGUAAAAAAUGCUCUGUAAAGAAUCAAUGACAAUGUUGAUUCUUCCAAUCCAAGAAUAUGGUAUAUCUCUCCAUCUGUUUGUGCUAUCUUUGAUUUCUUUCAUCAGUAUCUUAUAGUUUUCGGAGUACAGGUCUUUUGCCUGCUUAGGUAGGUUUUAUUCCUAGGUAUUUUAUUCUUUUGGAUGCCAUGGUAAAUGGGAUAUUUUUCUUUAAUUUCUCUUUCUGAUCUUUCAUUGUUAGUGUAUAGGAGUGCCAGAGAUUUUUGUGUAUUAAUUUUGUAUCCUGCAACUUUACCGAAUUCAUUGAUGAGCUCUAGUAGUUUGCUGGUAGUAUCUUUAGGAUUUUCUAUGUAUAGUAACAUGUCAUCUGCAAACAGUGACAGUUUUACUUCUUCUUUUCCAAUUUGAAUUCCUUUUGUUUCUUCUUCUUCUCUGAUUGCCGUGGCUAGGACUUCCAAAAUUGGAAUAAAAGUGGUUGAAAGUGGACAUCCUUGUCUUGUUCCUGAUCUUGUUGAAUAAAAGUGGUGAGAGUGGACAUCCUUUUCUUGUUCCUGAUCUUAGAGGAAAUGCUUUCAGAUUUUCACUGUUAAGAAUGAUGUUUGCGUGGAUUUGUCAUAUA